AGGGAGGGAGGGGGGGGUGCAGGAAGCCAGGCGGGCUGGUUCCUCUCCAACCAGCCCCGGGAAGGCGGCUGUUGUUGCAUCCGCCGGGCACCGCCUCCAGCCGGCCUCUUUCUCUCGCUCUCUUUUCGGCCAUGGCUUGGCUGGCCGGCUUCCUGCGCGAUUUCCCCGGCCCUUUGGGCCCCGCCGAGCCGCCGCCCUGGACCGCUUCCACCACCGCUUGGCUCCGGUUGGACGAAGCGGCGGCCGAAUUGAUCGAACGGGCUCGGGGAUUCCUGGGCAGAAGGGGUGCACCUCCUCUUCUGGCAGCCUCCUUAAUUCAUGCGGCGGUCAGCGGGAUUCUGCAGAGCGACCUCAGCGAUUUUAAAAAACAGAACGUAGACCAGGAUGAAGCAGUGGUAGAAGCCGCUCCUUUGCAACGCCAUUUCUUUAACAAACUCUUGGAGAUCGGCGGCGAAUGGCAGAAAGAGCUUCCCGCCUUGAAGCCAUCCAAGCGCUACCUUCAGAUUUCGGUCCACGCAACUCGUAAUACGCGACGGAAGAUGGAAGAUAGACAUGUUUCCCUGCCGGAAUUUAACCAACUGUUUGGCCUGGAGGAUGAUGUAGAUCGAGCCUACUUUGCCGUGUACGAUGGUCAUGGAGGGAUCGAGGCCGCCAAUUACGCUGCUGCCCAUUUGCACGUCAACUUGGCGCAUCACAAGAAGCUUCUAGAAAGCCCAGCGGAAGCUCUGAGAGAUUCCUUCCAGAAGACGGAUGAGAUGUUUCUCUCAAGAGCCAGGAAAGAGAAGCUUCGGAGCGGCACUACAGGGGUGUCUUGUUUCCUGGUGAACGACAAGCUACACAUAGCAUGGCUGGGGGACUCGCAAGUGAUGCUGGUCCAGCAAGGAAAAGUUAUAACUCUGAUGGAACCUCACAAACCAGAACGAGAGGAUGAAAGACAACGGAUAGAAGAUUUGGGAGGCUGCAUAACAUACAUGGACUGUUGGCGGGUAAACGGCACCCUGGCGGUUUCCAGAGCAAUUGGGGAUCUCCUGCAAAAACCUUACAUCUCCGGCUGUGCGGACGGCGCAACGUUUGAGCUGACGGGGACGGAAGAUUACGUCCUCCUCGCCUGCGACGGGUUCUUCGAUGCCAUCCAGCCGGUCGAGGUGGUGGACCACGUCUUGGAGCACUUAACACAAAACCACGGAGAUGGCCUUCGGACCGCGGAGAGGCUGGUGGCCGCAGCGAAGGAGAGCGGUUCUACCGACAACAUCACCGUCCUGGUGCUGUUUCUACGCGAGCCCAAGGACAUUGUGGCCGACUGUCUCCGAGACCCCAAAACCAGCCUUGCAGACGAGGGCACACCGGAUUCCUUCUUCAGCUUCUUCAGCUCUGGAGCCAACAACUGAAAGACCAUUUCCCUUAAAAGCAACAUCUCGAUAAUUCUGCCAAAAGCCCAUCGUCUAGAUGUCGAUAAGUUUUUCAAGAUCAGCUCCUCUACAUCGGGAAAGGAAAAUAUGGCACCUGAAAUGGAUUUGACUUUGGGGGGGUGGGAAACAAAAUCCAUCCAGCUGAUCCUUAGCCCAGGGCCACGUGUGGGGGGUCGUAUAACAUCAGACUCUACAGCUGGAGAAAAAGGGUAGGACGGAAGCUCCGACCUUCUCUUGAAGACCUCAUCAGGAGGUGAAAGGGCAGACUUAAAUUUCUUGUCGACUUUGAUUUUCCACAGAGAAAGGAUUUGAGGAGAGGAGAUGUAGAUCAGGCUGAAGUGAUAAUAUAGCUCAAGGAUAUCGUUAAACCAAAAUAGGAUUUGUAUGGGCUGGCGGUUGAAGGCCUUGCUUCUUGAGAAGUUCCCACGGGUCUUCGCAUCUUCUGCUUCUUUGUUUCCUGCCUGAGCAGUGAGGUUGGACUAGAAGAUCUCCAAGGUCCCUUCCAACUCUUGUUAUUCUGUAGUCUCGGGCGAGAGCCAAAGGUUACGUUUUAAUCGAAGAGGUCUCUUCGGAAGCUCUGGGCUGAAAGGAGGCUGCGUUGGGGCAACCUUUUGGAAAUUAACCACUGAAUAAGCUAUGGCUUAUUUUCAGUAUUGAGUUCAGGAUUGGAGCCUCCAAUCGUCUUGUUUUUGCGUCCUGUGUUUUUUGCUUCUGUAUACCAAAGAAAAUAUUAGCCAAGAAGGUCAGCUACGACAUUUAAUUUCCCCCAAUUAUUUAAUAUGUCAAACCUGCAUCAAACUCACAUAUGGUCAUACAGUAUCCAUAAGCUAAGCGAAGAUAACCUAAAUUGCAGUUGUUCUGAGUGUAAUUGUCAUCUGUGUCUUUUUUUAAAAAAAUUAACUUUUUUAUUAUUUCUCUGCUCAAUUGUAUGUUCAGCCUUUUUUUUUUUUUUUAACAACAACAAAAAAAAAUCUCCCAGAGGGUUUAUUUUAAUUAGUUUUUUUAGAUGUGCACGUUUACUGUUCUUUUUAUCACUGGUAUUUUGAAAUGGGCUGCUGUCAGAUGUCAUUCACCUGCUGACGAAGAAAUAGAAUACAGGUAGCGCUCGACUUAACGACCACCGUUGAGCCCUAAAUUCCUGUUGCUAAGCGAGACAUUUGUGAAAUGAGGACUGCCUCGUUUUAACAAACCUGCCUUACCACAGUCGUUAAGCGAACCGCUGCAGUUGUUAAGAUGGGAACGCGGUCAUUAAGCGAAUCUGGAUUCCCCAUUGACUUUGCUUGUCAGAAGGUCCAUUGCAACGGUCGUAAGUGUGAAAAACGGUCGUAAGUCACUUUUUUUCAGUGCCGUCGUAACUUUGGACGGCCACUAAGUGGAUUGUUGUAAGUGGAGGACCUACCUGUGUUCUGUUUUACCUUUAUGGGAGUUUAUUUCAGACAGUUUAAAAAGCUCGAGGCCUUUUUGUAAAAGUAUGCCGAGAUCUCUAGCAUUCAGGGACGGUGACCGGAAAUGACUGGAAAUUUGCCAAAACUCCAAGAGGCUUUGAAUUAAAUGAAACAAUCUGGUGUUUCUUUUAAUCACCAGCGCUGUUACAAGAAUGCACUUUUUUAUUUUUUUGGGAGGCUUAAAGUCGAAACAGUGCUGGAUAGGUUGGUAAAGGGAAAAAAAAUUGGUUACGAAGAGUAACUGGAAAAGCAACCGGGAUAGAAUCUUUGGAAAUCUGUUGUUAUUCUCUGCUUUAUCAUUUCUUUUUUUCCUUGUUACUGUGCUGGGAAGUUGCAGGAAAAAACUAGCUAGAAUUGUUGUUGUUGUUUUACAACAACAGCAUCCAUUCUACAGCAUCCAGCUCAUGUGAUCUGAACCAGGGUUAAACCUCAGCUCAUGUCUUAAUCAGGGUUGGGGGUUCGCAGGGGUUCGGGAGAACCUCUAGCUAAGAUUCUGUGCAGUUCAGAGAACCUCCAAAUCCCACUCCUCGCUGGCCCCACCUGCCCCUCCCCUCCCAGGAGUCCCCACGUGGCCCGUUUUGGAUGCAAGGAAGUGCUAGGCGUGUGCGGAGGUUCAGGGAGGGCGAAAAUCAGGCCUACUGGAAGUUCUAGAGGGCCUCCGGAGCCUGGGGAGGUUGUUUUCGCCCUCCCGGAGGCUCAAGAAAAACCUCCAGAGCCCGGGGAGGGCUGUUUUCGCCCUCCCGGAGGCUCAAGUUAAAGCCUCCGGAGCCCAUAGAGGGCAGAAACGAACCUCCCCCCGCCGUGGUGCAGGAGGCUGACUAGGCCACACCCACAAUGGCCACGCCCACAAUGGCACCGGGCAGAGAACCCCUUGCUAAAAGUUUUAAAACCCACCCCCCCGCUCUUAAUCCACGUAAGUUGAGAUUCGAGUUCAUUUGCUAAUGCAGGUAAACCUCGACUUUUAACGACCUCAAAGGGAGUCCGAAAUUUCCACCGCCGUUGUUAAGUGAGUUUUGCCCCCUUUUGCGACCUGCCUCGAUAACAGUUGUUAAGCGGAACCAUUGCAGUUGUUAAGAUAGGGGAAUCGGGCUUCCCCAUCAACCUUGCUUGUGAGCAGGUUGCAAAAGCGCAUGAGUGCCACCAUCCUAAAUACGAACCAAUUGUCAAGUGUCUGAAUUUUGAUCCCAUGACACACACACACACCCCGGGGGGAUAUUGCAGCCGUCAUAAAUAUGAAGUCAGUAUGCCAAGCGUCUGAAGUUUGAUCACGUUGAACACCCCCCUCCCCCGCCCCGGGAUGUUGCAACGGUCCUUAAGUGAGCAAAACAGUCUUAUCGGUCAUUUUCUUCAGUAGCCUUGUAAUUUAAGUCGCUAAACGCACCACGGCUGUAUCUUGAGGACUCCCUUUAGAGCAAAUCGCUCCGCAGUGCCAUGAAAUGGUCUCUUUUUAAGACUGGGGAUGGCAAGCUAAACAAUCUGCACAUCCGAACGGUUGGCUUUUAGGCUUUAAAAGAGAUUCUCUCCUUCCCUUUUUCCUCCCCCUAAAAUAAAUUCGCCGUGCCCUAUUCUUUCUCGAACCUUCAAAAAACUACAGAACGGGCCAGAAAUCUCAGAAAACGAGAAAGGUUGCAGAGCUGUUUUUUUUUUUUCUCUGCUUGAUAAUCGGGUUGACACGCAGCAUUAUACAGAAAGCACCAUUUUUAGAAACAAUGGGAGGAGGUGGUAAUUUUAAGUAAAUCCACCCUCUGACAGUGGUAAUGGAGGGUGAGGGAGUAAUGAGAAAGCGUUUGGGAAUUAUUAGUGCCUGGAGGAAGGAAGGGAAAGCUACAGAUGCCGGCUUCUUUUUUUAAAAGGGCCUCUGUGGCUCAGACUGGUAAGACAGUCUGUUAUUAACAGCAGCUGCCUGCAAUUACUGCAGGUUCAAGCCCCACCAGGCCCAAGGUUGACUCAGCCUUCCAUCCUUUAUAAGGUAGGUAAAAUGAGGACCCAGAUUGUUGGGGGCAAUAAGGUGACUUUGUAUAUAAAUAUACAAAUAGGAUGAAGACUAUUGCUUGACAUAGUGUAAGCUGCCCUGAGUCUUUGGAGAAGGGCAGGAUAUAAAUGCAAAUAAUUAAAAAAAAAAAAAAGAGCACAGUUCUGGAUAAUGGCUGGCAAAGAGAGACAGAGAGAGAGAGAGAGAGAGAGAGAUUGGAAGGGACCCUGUAGGUCAUCUAGGCCAAGCCCCCCCCCCCCCCCGCCCAAGCAGGAGAUCCUAUACCAUUUCAGACAGAUGACAAUCCGGUCUCUUCUUGAACGCUUCCAUGAUGAAGCUCCUACAAUUUCUAAAGGGAACUUCUGUUCUAUCGGUUGAUUGUUCUCCCUGUCAGAAAAUUCUUCCUUUUUUUCCAGGUUGAAUCUUUCCUUGUUCAGUUUCCAUCCAUUAUUCUUCAGGUGCUUUGGAAAAUAGUUUGGCCCCCUCCUCUUUGUGGCAGCCCCUCAAAUAUUGGAAGACUGCUAUCAUGCCUCCCCUGGUCCUUCUCUUCACUAGACCAGCCAUGCAACCAUUCAUCAUAUGUUUUUGCCCUCCCCAGACUCCUAGAGAGGCCCUGAAAGCUGGGAACAGCAAAAAACGGGGCCUUCUGGUCCCACCGGAAGUUGUCAAACGGGCAGUUUUCUGCCUUCAGGGGGUGGGAAGGCCGUUUUCACCCUCCCCAGACUCAUAGAGAGGCUCUGGAGCCAAGUGAGAGAGAAAAAUGGGUCUUCCUUCCCUCAGACCCUCCAGAGGCUGGAAACCACCUGUUUUCUCUACUUCUGGUGGGCCCAGAAGACCCAAAAAUCAGCUGGCCGGAGCUGAACUCGCGUGCCCACUGAUACGGCUACGCGUGCCACCUGUGGCCCACGUGCUAUAGGUUCGUCAUCACGGGUAUAGGGUCUCCUGCUUAAGCAAGGGGUUGGAGUAGAAGACCUCCAAGGCCCCUUUCAACUCUGUUAUUCAGUAGAGAGAGAAUAAAAUGGAUCCGGAUUUAUUUUGGGCGGGUUGGUUAGUUGGUUGAUGGUUCCAGUAUCGUUUCUUCUCCUUGGCAGGUUAACCGUCUGCCUUAACACACCUGCUGUUGCGGUGUAACGUUCUCCAGGUUGCUGGGACUUGACAGACCUUGACAGAAUGAAUGACUCGAUUGUUUCAGCAGAACUGGCAGCUCGGAUGGUUAAUUACAGCAUCGGGUUUAAUAAUUGACACUUAGCAGAGCUGAAAAGGAAGACAGAGUGUUCUGCCUUUCUCCUUUUUAGCGGGCUGCCAGCCGAUUGGAAUCUUUUAUUAUCAGAGUCCUGCACGGUAGGAAUGGACUUUGGUCUCGGAUUGGCCUUCUCGUAGGUUCCUUAGAACAAUAUUGGUUUUUGUCCUACAAGGCGGCAGAGUGAGAUUACGGACGACGAGUCGUCUGCAGAAUUGGAGGAGAUAAAAAGAAAAACGGAUGUUUUGGGAAAUGGCAGGCUCGCUCUUUCAAUCUGACUCCAAUCUUGGUCCACCGAGACAAAGUCAUGAGUUGUGUCUGCGCCCCCCGAGCCGGGCCUCCUGCCAGAAAGUGACUUGGAAAGCGAGGGGGAAGGGCCGUCAGGACAUACCUCGGGAGCACCGGCUUCCCUGGCUCAGCUCCAGGAGCCAGAGGCAGGCCAAGUGGAGGAGAUAAUAAGGCCUCCGUCCCCUGACUCUUCCCCCCCCCAGGCCACGCUUCCAGACCCAGCUGAUGGCAAUCAGGCCUGGCUGGACCCUAGGUUUCGUAGGCAGGAGAGGUGGGAACAACAGAAGCAGGGGUGGGGCAAGCCUAGGAAGUGCUGAGUCAUGGAGCCACACCCCACAGGAUAUAAAACCAGGAAGGGCUGCUAUGCCUCUUCAUAGCAGGCAAAUCAACUACUUGACUAGAGCUGAAGUACUGUUUGUUGACUCAUCGGCAUCGAGGGAGAUAACAGAGACACUUGGCAGACGCUCGCUAGUUUGCUGCCAGAGCUGAUGGUGCCGGCUAAUUAAGCCAUCGCUCGGACGGAGGCGAGGGGGGACAGAACAUCAUGCUUUGCUUCAUGGCUUAUUGUCAAGUCGCCUUUCAGGUGGACUUUAGAUGUUGGAUGAACUUCCGUUUCCUCACGGAGAUGUAAGCAGGUGGGAGUUCCCACCCAUCUUUCUGGAAGGGGAUGAGUUCGUUUUUGUUCUCACAGGGUUCUUUGAGUUGACAAGGUGGGCUUCAAGAACUAGCCGAGGAAGCCUGUGGUUCAAAUCCAAUGGUGGAAUUCACAUUUCUUUGCUACCGGUUCUCUGGGCGUGGCUUGGUGGGCAUGGCAGGGGAAGGAUACUGCAAAAUCCCCAUUCCCUCCCCACUCCUGGGGGGGAAGGAUGCUGCAAAAUCCCCAUUCCCUCCCCACUAGGGGAAGGAUACUGCAAAAUCCCCAUUCCCUUCCCACUCCAGGGGAAGGAUGCUGGAAAAUCCCCAUUCCCUCCCCACUCUAGGGGAAGGACGCUGCAAAAUCUCUAUUCCCUCCCCACUCCAGGGGAAGGAUACUGCAAAAAUCUCCAUUCCCUCCCCACUCCUGGGGGGGAAGGAUACUGUAAAAUCCCCAUUCCCUCCCCACUCCAGGGGAAGGAUGCUGCAAAUUCCCCAUUCCCUCCCCACUCCAGGGGAAGGAUGCUGCAAAAUCCCCAUUCCCUCCCCACUCCAGGGAAAGGAAACUGCAAAAUCCCCAUUCCCUCCCCACUCAAGGGGAAGGAUACUGCAAAAUCCCCAUUCCUGGGGGAAGGAUAUUGCAAAAUCCCCAUUCCCUCCCCACUCCAGGGGAACGAUGCUGCAAAAUCCCCAUUCCCUCCCCACUCAAGGGGAAGGAUACUGCAAAAUCCGCAUUCCUGGGGGAAGGAUAUUGCAAAAUCCCCAUUCCCACCCCCUCUGUGGCCAGCCAGAUGUAGUAUUUGCCGGUUCUCCGAACUAUUCAAAAUUUCCGCUACCGGUUCUCCCGAACCUGUCGGAACCUGCUGAGUAGCACCUCUGGGUUCAAAAAUAGCAUUGUCAUGAAAUCCAGAGCUGUGCUGUACACCUCUCUCCCUCCUGAGAAAUCGGAAUAAGAGAGUGAGAAACAAUCCAUCAAUAAAGGAGAAAUAUUUGUAGAGCAGGGUUGAAAUGAGGAAUCCUUCAUGCUCUCUGAGCUUGGUUGCUUUCGUGCAGGCGUUUCAUGACCCAAAUUAGGUAGCAUCAGGGUGGAUUUGAUUUAAAUCAAGUCGAUUUAAAUCACGAUUUAAAUCGCUAGUAAAAAGGCUCGAUUUAAAUCGGCUCGAUUUAAAUCAUCAUUUUUAAAGAGCAGCUGUUAUCUCUGUCCUGCAGCGGCUCCUCCUCUGACCUGCUGUUGACAGGUUGCAGUCCCGAUAUUGCAGAAUAUACAGCUUCUUGCUACAGAACUAAGCCGCAUUUCAUGCUGAGUAAAUUAAAUUAUUAAUGUAUCCUAAAUAGAAAACUCUCUUUAGUUACAUUUUUUUACUCCAAAAGCAUUUUAUUAAAACAAAUUUGAUAAAAAAGAAUUUAAAAAUCCGAUUUGAAUUGUAAAAAUCCGAUUUAAAUUUUAAAAAAAUUCAUUUUUUAAUUUUUUUUAAAAAAAAUCAACGAUUUUUAUCUGCCCUCGGUAGCAUCAUCAGUGUUAAAAGGAAGUGGGGUUUGUAGAGAGGAGGAGGAGGAGGAAGAAGAGGAGAAGGAGGUUUGGGGUCGUUGGUGCUUGUUCCCUCAGCUUAGUUGUUUUUGGAGACAUUUCACUACCCAACUAGGUAACAUCAUCAGUGUUAGAAGGACGUGGGGUUUGUAGAGAGGAGGGAGGAAGAAGAGAAGGAAGCAGGAAAUCUGUGGGGUCGUUGGUGCUUGCUCUCUGAGCUUGUUUGCAGGCAUCUCACUACCCAACUAGGUAACAUCAUCAGUGCUAGAAGGGAAUGGGGUUUGCUCUCUUUAUGUACAAUAAUUGACAGGGCAAGUGAACUGUAUAUAAACAGAGCAAACCCCACUGCCUACUAGUAUGGGUGAUGUUACCUAAUACGGAUAAUGGACGUCUGCAAGAAAGCAACCAAGCUCAGAGAGUGCCAAGGACCCCCUCAGAAACAUCUACUCUGGGAAACAGAAGCGAAAUCUGGCUGAAAGCAGAGAAGGAACAGGAGAUGGCAGUUGGAAAAGUAGUGGUGUGUGUUGUGUAGAUAAUUCUGGAGCUGGCAGUCCUCCUAUGGCAAACAGUGUAGGCGGAAAUAUCGUAGCAUACAUAGAAGAUGUCUCCAUUUGGUAUAUAACUUCUUGUCCUCCCCGAUGGCUGCCAUUUGAAAAGGAUUUGGGCUCGGGAUUUAUUUAUUUAUUUUUUUAAUCUACCUGCCACGUCAUCAGGAAUUGCCUUUACAGAAGAAUUGUAUCACACACCUGGUUGUGAGCCCAGUUUUUCCUAGGGAAAGUCCUAACCUUGAAGUCUUUGGAGCAGGGAUGGCGAACCAAUGGCACGCGUGCCGGAAGUGGCACACAGAGCUAUCUCUCUGGGCAUGCCAGCCAUCGCCUGUUGAUCUUCCUCGUUCCCUGCGCGCCGGCCAGCUGGUCUUCGCACAUGCGGGAACGCCGGCACGCCAGGGAGUUGAGAUUCUGGUUUCUAGCAUGUGCGGGCACGUCGGCCAGCUGGUCUUUGCACACCAGAAACAGGAAGAUCAGCAUACCGGAAACCGGAAGCUUAGCUUCCCAGUGUGCGCGUGCGCGCUGGGGAACUGCUCUUCUGGUUUUUGAUGCUUUGGCGCAUGCACGGCGGGGAGCUGCUCUUCUGGUUUACAUGCGCUUCCGUUUCAGCACUCAGUGCUGAUAAGGUUCGCCAACACUGCUUUGGAGUCUCAUAUCUUACGACGCGAUGUUUAUUUGAGCUUCCCUUGAUUUCAGACCUGAAAGAAGGAAAGGAGAUGCAGGUUGUUCCUGAGUUACGACAGCCGUUGGGGGAGCGGAAUUGUCCUCGCUAAGCGAGGCGGUUGCUAAGUUGAGUUGCGCCAGAAUUUGGGGCCUUUUUUUUUUUUGGCCAGGCUUGCUAAGGGAAAAUCACUGCAGAUGUUCAGUGUAUCGUCUUAGUCAUUAAACGAAUCCAACUAAUCCACCCAGUUUGACGACCUUGUUAGCCAUGGUUGUUCAAUAAAUCGCUGCGGUUGUUAAGUGAUCCAAGCGGUCGUUGAGUGAAUCCACCUUCCCCUCCCUCUUAGUUUUGCUUGUCGGAAACUGGCUGGGAAGGUCGCAAAUGAAGAUCACAUGACCCUAAGAUGCUAUGUGCUGGCUGCCAAGCACUUGAGCAAUGGUCGUAAAUGCAAGGACUGCUGUAAGUCACUUUUUUUUCAGUCCUGUUUUAACAUUGGUGAGUGUCGUGUCCCACUCCUCCGCUGACGGCCAGGUCAGGGAAAUCCGAAUCAGGCGUGCCUCUGCAGCUCUGCCAAAGUCCUAGCAAAGUCCUCAGGGCAGGCAGGAGACCAGAAAGUGACUUCAGCAAGAUAUGUUUAGACUUUGCCUGACUCAGAGACUGCCAGAAAGCAGAUCCUUUAUAUAGGCCAUGGGGUGUGGCUCCAUGACUCAGCACUUAUCCAGGCCUGCCCCUCCCUUCCUUCUGUUGCCUCCGCCUAUCAAGUCUUCUGACGCGAGGGUCACUCCAGUCUGCAGCUGUUGGCAAUUGACCUCCCUCAGGCUCACAUGCUGUGGAGGAGGGGGAGGGGUCUAGUUGCUCCGUUUGCCUGGGCAUGGAGCCAGAGCUGGGGGCUGGAGAUACUUCCUCUUCUUCAGCCUGUCUGGGCAUGGGGCCAGGGCUGGGGCCGGGAGGCAUACUAGGACAUUCCUCCGUGUUCGGAAGCAGAUAAGAAGGCCCUGGCUGUGGUGAGAUCGGACGAGACACAACAGUGAGAAUUCCUUCUCCCUCUCUCCUCUUGUGCCUUCCCUGAGCACGUCCUGUGAUAAAUUUCUGAUUAUUCCUUCGAAUACAUCCUUAUGCUCCUCUUAUUGCAUCCGUCGAUAUAUGUUACAUAAUUAUAAUAUUUAGGAAAUGUAUAUUAAACUUCCUGCUUUGGAAAGACUGACGUAUGUAAGCUAGCCUGGCAGGGCUCAGCACCUACCACAAAACCCAGAAUUCUGUGCCCUGAAUGACGGAUAACCCUGGAUUUUAGAAGCUGCCAUGUGGGCAGGAAAGGAAGCAACGGAUGGAAACAAACCAAGGAGAGAAGCAACAUUAGAACAAUUAAUCAAUGGAACAUGUUGCCUCCCAAGUUUUUAAAGAAGCAGUUGGAACAGCCGUUUUUCUGGAAUGGUAUCGGGUUUCUUGCUUGAGCAGGGGGUUGGACUAGAAGACCUCCAAGGUCCCUUCCAACUCUUGUUAUUCCGUUAUUCUAUUAAUGGUGAACUGGGCAUUGAAGGGAAGCAAUAUGUCUUUCAUGUAUUAAACAAGGGCUGUUUUUUUGCCAUAUGCCUUUUUCAAGCCGCGUGUCUUUCCAACCCAAGGACUAGAAACUUGGUGUUGGGUUUUUUUCUUUUUCUUUUUUCACAAACAGUAACAGACUAGAUUCUCAGGAGAUCCAUACAAUUGUUCAUUUCACAGUAUGUCUCCAUAACGACAAGAGGACGAAGGCAAGCCCCAUUGUUAUGGCUGCGAAGAAAAAAAAAACGACACGGAUCCGUCUGAAGUCGCCAGAAAACGACGCUCAACCUGGAGACUUGGACUUUAGAUCCAGGUGGUUCUCGACUUACGGAAUUUGGAGACACCCCCCCCAUUUCUCUUGUUAAGUGAGACAUUUUGUUAAGUGAGCUUUGUCCCAUCUGACCGCCUUUUUUUUGCCACAGCUGUUAAGCGAAUCACUCGUCCGAAGUGGUAUAUGGUGUCCUGCUUGAGUAGGGGGCUGGACUAGAAGACCUCCAAGGUCCCUUCCGGCUCUAUCCCGAUUGAUUGAUUGGAUAAGUUAGCAACCCGGGUUGUUAAGUGGAACUGGCUUCCUCAUUGACUUGGCUUGUCAGACGGUCGCCGAUGGGAGAAUCGCGUGACUCCGGAGUUUACGACCGUCGUAAAUCGGAACCAGUGGUCUGAAUUUUGAUCACGUGACCGCGGAGCUGCUGCGGUGGCCAUAAAGUGCGAAAAGUGGGUCAUAAAGUCACCUUUUCCAGUGCCGUUGUUAACUUUGAGUGGUCACUAAACAAACUUUCGUGAGCUGAGGACUACCUAUACUAGGGUGCCUACAGCCCUUGUUUAGGAUCAUCAAUAAGUUUUCUGCCUGGGAGUCGAACCAGAGACCCUCCAGUUAGCUGUGCUUAAUCAUAUCUUUGCAUCAAGCCAUUUAUAUCCAGCUUUUGGCUAUAUUACAUAACUCCAGAAGUACAGGCUGUCGUGUUCUAUUUCUGUAACCAUGUCUACUGAUUUUUUUUUCCUGUGUGUGUGUGUUUUUUUUAAAAAAAGAAAUACUUGUCAGUAUUAACCGCUUUGAGCAUUUUAAAAAAGGAAAAGGGAAAAAACGGUAGCUUUAUCUUGGCCGCGUAGGAUAGCCUUCCGACUCUUGGGUUGUUCCAUUGACCUUGAAAGAAAACCCACAAGUGACAAGGUUGUUGUUGUUUUUUUCGGUUGAGGCACGCUCUGGUGGGCUGUGCCAUUUUUAACACAUUUCAAACAAAUCGUCCUUUAUUUAUUGUAGAGAAUGGUCUUCCUAAUCAACAGUCUGGAAUAGAGUGGGGUUUUAGAGACAGUGAGGUCUGGAAUUUGAGCCAGGUAAUUUGAAGAGGUUUUUUUUUUUCAUUUUGCAGGAGAUAGGAUCUGUGCAUUUAACUGUAGCUUGGUUUUGAAUCAUAUGCUUUAUAUAGCUGUUAUGUUCUAUGUGUGUAGGGCUUUUCCUUUCCUUUCCUUUCCUUUCCUUUCCUUUCCGUAUAUCUCUUUCUCUCUCUCUCCCUUUCCUUUCCUUUCCUUUCCUUUCCUUUCCUUUCCUUUCCUUUCCUUUCCUUUCCUUUCCUUUCCUUUCCUUUCCUUUCCUUUCCUUUUCCACCCCUUCCCCUUCCCUUCCCUUCCCUUCCCUUCCUUUCCUUUCUCUAUUUCCUUCCCUUCCUCUAUUUCCUUUCCUUUCCUAUCCUUUCCUUCCCUUCCCUUCCCUGUCUUCCCCUCUGUCUGUCUCUCUCUCCCUCUCCUUCUUCCUCCCUCCUCCUUUCUCUCCCCGUCCUCAUAUACAGUAGUGGCCAAAAUUGUGGAAACCUUUUGGGAAAAGUGCAUUUUCUCAAACUAGCUAAUAACAGCACUUUUUUUUUGGGGGGGGGGAGUAGUACCAUAAAAUUAUAUAUCCAUGGAAAGAUCUUUUAAUCAAGAACGUAAUGCAAUAACUUUUAUGAAGGAUUUGCUAUUAGAAUAGCCGUUACAGUAUAAAGAAGAAAAGUGAAACACAUGGAAAAAAAUGAGAUAUGCAAAAAUGAUCCCCAUGUUAGUUAAUCCUUAGUUGGGUCACCUUUAGCAUGAAUGACGGCCUUACAACGUCUUCCCUUGGAGUGAACCAAGUCUUUGAGUUCUGCAGCUCUUAUAAUGUGAAACCAAGAUUGAAGGAUUGCUUCCAUUAACUGAAUUUUAUUGCUGGGUCGCUUCUGACUAACAAGUUUCUUUAGUCGGCUCCAUAGAAUUUUCCAUUGGGUUAAGGUCUGGAUUUUUCCCAGGCCAUUCCAGCAGUGGAAUAGGAUUAUCUUGAAACACCAAACAAAAAGUGGUGUUAUUAGCCAUCAAACCUCACAAAUAUACUUUUCCCAAUAGGUUUCCACAACGUUGGCCGCUACUGUACAUCUUGCAAUAUUUAUGCUGAAAUUGAGUGGACUUGCUUAAAAAGGUGUCAGUUCAUAUUUUCUGCUCAGUAUUUGCAGAGGGCUUCACAUCCCUUUUUGUGUAAGUGGGGGGAGACACCCCCCCUACUUGUUCAUAAGUGUUAAUAAAGAUUCACAGAUUUCAUUUGAA